AUGCUGGCAUUGAAUAGUAGCCAUAUGCCAUCUUUAUUCCACCUGGCUGGAUUGGCUGGAAUGGAAGAUGCUUACAAGUGGAUCUCUGUACCAUUCUGCCUUAUGUUUCUUACGUCUAUCGGUGGAAAUGGCCUUAUCCUCAUUGUGAUAACCAGAGAUUACAGACUGCACCAGCCUAUGUACCUGUUCCUCUCUAUGCUAUCUGUCACAGAUAUGUUAUUCUCCCUUAUUACCUGCCCGUCAGUGCUCACUAUAUUUUGGUUCCACAUCCAGAGGAUCAGGUCAGACCUUUGUUUGCUGCAGAUGUUUUUCAUUCAUUCUCUCUCUGUCAUUGAGUCUGCCCUGUUGGUAGCUAUGGCUUUUGAUCGUUUUGUGGCCAUCUGCCAUCCUCUACGAUAUUCUUCCAUCCUUACCAAUUCUGCUGUCACAAACAUUGGGCUGGCGUCAGCCAUACGGGGAACAGUAAUCCACAUUGCACCUGUUAGCAGCCUCACAUUUUUGCCAUAUUGUAAGGGUAACUACCUCUCACACUCUUACUGUUUGCACCAGGACGUGAUGAAGUUGGCCUGUGAUGGCACUAACAUCUUUAAUAUCAUGUAUGGCCUGAUGGUCGUGCUGUGCACAGUGACUAUAGAUAUGUUUCUAAUUGUUCUAUCCUAUAUACUGAUUAUCAAGACCAUGAUUACUAUCACAUCAGAGAAAGCUCGAUACAAAGCUUUCAAUACUUGCAUCUCCCACCUAUGUGCAGUCUUUAUCUUCUUUGUCCCAAUGGUGGCAUUAUCCAUGAUACACAGGUUUGGGACAAACGUCUCACAUUUUCUUAAAGCCUCCAUGGCAAAUAUCUACCUGUUAGCCCCUCCAAUGCUAAACCCCAUCAUUUACAGCAUAAAGAGCAAGCAAAUCCGGGGUGGUUUCUAUAGGACGUUCUCUGCAGUGAAGGUCACAACCCAGCAAUAA